AUUGGACUUGGUCAUGGCGGAAUAGAAAAGAUCUGUUUCCUAAUGUUCCCCUUUUGCUGUUCCUCUCCAUUUCUCCAAGAUUGGAUGAUUUCUGUUUCUUAAUGAUAUGUUGGACUUUGAAGGUAGGGCCAAUGCAAAAUUAAGGAGGAGGUUUGGAGAGGACUUGGAGGAGAAGGAGAGAGACCUUGGAGUUACCUCGCUUGGUGAGCUCCAUGUGCUGUACUUUGCUGUUACUUUGCAGCCUUUCAGUUGCUAUUCAUUUCAGCCUCAUUUCAUCAACAUUUGCAGCUUCGUUUGCUGCACUUUGCUGCUGCUCUUGGCGCAGCUCUCCCUUCAUUUCAUUUUGCUGCCAUUUGUGCAGCUUUCUUUUCAUUUGCUGCUCUUGCGUCCCACCAGAAACACCGGUAUUUUACCCAAAACGGUCAACCAUAGCGCCUCUGCCGAUGAUGAACCUGUCCCCCGAAAGAGAAAUACAGCACCAGAGUGCACUGCUACAACUUUUGUUGAUGUACAUAUCAGAGAAACAAGAACAAAAACAGCUUAUGAUGAUGGAUACAGCUGGAGAAAAUGUGGGCAAAAAGCUGUUGCUGGUUACGAAUAUCCGAGGGAAUUUUUUAGGUGUAAACACCAUAGGUCCGAGGGAUGUCCUGCCCGUAAGCAAGUUCAGAGAUUGGACGAAGAUCCCCCACUCUUUAAGGUCAUCCAUCUGCUAAGACAUACGUGUACACAAUUCUCCCACUUGUAUACCGGCCAAGCUCUGUACACCUCCGAGGAAGAUUCCGAUUAUCCAGUUUUCUCCGGAAAUAUAGAGGCAGCGUUAAUGUGGGCUGUUGCUCGUCUUGAUGGAUACAGCUGGAUCAAAUAUGCGCGGACAGUGAUUUUUGGAUUCAAAUAUCCAACGAUAUGUGAAAAUUUUUGUUGUCCCCACAUUAAAUCUGAGGGAUGUCUGGCCAGGAAGUGUGUUAAGAAAUGGGACAGAGGUUGCACACGCUUUAUGGUCAUCCAUCUGGGAAAACAUACGUGCAAACAAUCCUCCCGUUUGGCGGCCUCCGCAGCUGUGGAGCCCACGGAGGCGGCUUCCGACGAUCAAGAAGUCUGGAGAAAGAUAGAGACUGCGUUGAUGCGGACUGCUCCUGUUGCUGAUGGAUACAGCUGGAUAAAAGAUCAGCAGACAGAUAUUAGUUCCAAACAUCCGAGGGAAUAUUAUAGGUGCAUCGACCAUCUUUCUCAGAGAUGUCCGGCCACUAAGGGAGUUCAGAUAUCGAGGGAUGACCCCUCAAUCCUUAAGGUCACUUAUAAUGGAAGACAUACGUGUAAACAAUCGUCCCAUUUGGCUACGGACGCAGCUGUGGAGCCCACCAAGGAUGCUUCCGAUGAUAAAGAUGUCUCCCGGAAUACAAAUACAGCACCAAAGUGGACUGCUACAACUUACGUUGAUGAAUACAGCUGGGAAAAAUAUGAUCAGAAAGCUGCUGCUGGUUCCAAAUGUAUAAGGGAAUAUUACAGGUGCACCCACCAUGAUUCUCAGGGAUGUAUGGCCCUUAAGCAUGUUCAGAGAUCGGACGAAGAUUCCACAAGCUUUGAGGUCACAUAUCGGGGUAGACAUAUCUGUGAGCAAUCCUCCCAUUUGGCUACUGCCGCAGCUGUGGAGCCCACCGAGGGUGCUUCACAAGAGAAAGAUAUCUCUAAGCAGCUCGAGAACCUUCUCAAUCCUUCCUCAACUACUGAAGCGCAGCUCUUAUCAGGAGAGGAAAUACUUUGUUCCCAUGCGAAGGAACUUCCCACUGGAAACCCCAGUGUUUUAUCCGAGGCGUUCACCCAUAGUGCCGCUUCUGAUAAUAGAGAUGUCCCCAGAAAGAGAAAUACAGAACCAAAGUGGACUUCUACAACUUACGUUGAUAGAUACAUCUGGAUAAAAUGUGCGCAGAAAGCUGUUCCUGGUUCCAAAUAUCCAAGGGAAUAUUUUAGGUGUACCCACAGUAUUUCUCAGGGAUGUCUGGCCACUAAGCAAGUUCAGAGAUCGGACGAAGAUCCCAGACUCUUUGUGGUCACCUAUAGUGGGGAAAGACAUACGUGUAAACAAUCAUCCCAUUUAGCAACUGCCGCAGCUGUGGAGCCCACGGGGGCUGCUUCUGAUGAUAAAGAUGUCUCCGGGAAGAUGGAGACAGCGUUAAUGUGGACCGUUGCUCAUCGUGAUGGUUACAGCUGGAGAAAAGAUCGGCAGAAAGAUAUUCUUGGUUUCAAAUAUCCGAGGGAACAUUGUAGGUUCACCCACCGUGAUUCUCAGGGAUGUCUGGCCACUAAACGAGUUCAGAGAUUGAACAAUGGCCCCUCAAUCUUUGAGGUCACCCAUCGGAGAAGACAUACGUGUGAACAAUCCUCAUCACAUUUGCCCCAGCCGAUCGAAGCAGAGUCUGAAGUGAAGCCAGAGAAAUCAGAGGUGUGUUGAAUUUUGGAACAGGGCUUAAAGUUAAGAUGAGGAGUUGGAGCAAUUAGGGAAGCCUUUUUUUCUUUUGGAAUUAAGUUUUCAACUUUGCAGCGUCAUUAUUUUCUCUCUCUAAAAUAUCUGUUUCUUUUGUUCUAGAAGGUUUCUUUAACGCGGAUCUUGCUCGUGGCCAACUUCGCCCUAGAGCUUUCUUCAGAGCUUUCUUCAGCUAUAUUUGACCAGCUUUCCUUUAUCCAUAAACCUCACUACGCGCUGAUACUCAUGCUGCUGUCCUUUGCAGCCCUUGUUCCAUGCAUCAUCAAGCUUGUGUACCCAGGAAGAAAGAAAAGAGUCACCGGAACUCGGGGGAACAACAACAGAAACUCCUUCAGCAACGUCGCUGAAAUUGUUGGAUUCACUUGUGCUAUCUGUCAGUUAAUCCUUACAACAGCUAAUUAUCUUUUGCUUAUCCAGCACACCAAAAUCCAGAUCCAUAUUUCUGUAUGGCCUGUCAUUUUUGCUUUUGUCCAACUAUUUGUCGAAUUUAGUGAGACAACAGAUAAAUCGAGAGGGGAAAGAAGUUCACAUACUGAAGUAGGCCAAGUUGAGGAACAUGUCCUCAAUGUAGCAUAGUUGCCAUUUGUGUAGUUUCUCACGUUUAUUUUUUUGUUCUUCAUCUUUUUAUAUGUAGAUAUAUUGUUUCUUGUAAUUUUUCAUCUUCU